AGCUACACCACUUCCAUACACACAAAACAUAAAAAAUGUGUACACUAGAAAAACGAGGUAACAUUUACAUCCUAAGCUUAACCGGUGACGACGAUCACCGGUUAAACCCUACCCUCCUUGACUCAAUCACCGCAAAAAUCAAUCAAGUCCGAGCCGAAACCACCUCUCCGUGCGCGUUAAUCACAACCGCGCAUGGAAAAUUCUUUUCCAACGGCUAUGAUCUCGCGUGGUCUCAAUCCGACCCAUCACGCAAUAUUAUUAUGUCAAAAAAACUACGAUCACUAGUUAAAGCCUUAAUAUCUCUCCCGAUGCCGACAAUCGCGGCCAUAACAGGACACGCGUCAGCUGGUGGGUUUAUCUUGGCACAAUCUCAUGAUUACGUAAUGAUGAGAAAAGACAGAGGGUUUUUAUACAUGAGUGAAAUGGAUAUCAAACUUGUUGUUCCUGAUUGGUUUGUGAAGCUUUUCAAGAAUAAGAUUGGAUCUCCGGCGGCGCUGCGUGACGUGAUUAUGAGGGCUGAGAAAGUGACGGCGGAGAUGGCGGUGACGAAGGGGAUAAUCUAUUCGGCGCAUGAUAACGCGGCGGAGACGGUCAAUGCGGCGGCUAAGCUUGGGGAGGAGUUGGUGAAGAGGAAUUGGGAUGGACACGUGUAUGCUCGUAAUAGGAUGGUUUUGCUUGCUGACGUGUUGCCGGCUUUGGACUUUGACGAAACUGUCGAGGAUGUGGCCCGUGCUAAUAUUGUAUCAUCCAGACUUUAGUUGUUUCGAUCAUCUCUAAUUCUAAAUAAAAUUAUGAUAAUAAAUAAAUAUUAAAAAGAUGUCUUUUUAUA